UAGGCCACAAAAAAUUUCCAAAGUUUCUAGCACCUUGAACCCCCAGUUUAAUUAUAAAUACGACCAUCUGAACUCAUACUUUUAACAACAAAAUAUUCCCAUUCAUUACUAGCUAGCUCUACAUUAAUCAAUAUGCAUUUUCUUUCUCAACUCCUAGCACUAUUUGUUCCAUGGCUCUUAGCCUUUUUUGUUGCUCGCAAAUACAAAACUAGAAAUAGAGCAAAUGCACAUAAUGCAAAGAGUAAUAGUAUUACUAUAUCAGCUGCUGGUGCACCUAAAGCUCCUGGUUCGUGGCCUAUCAUAGGUCACCUCCAUCUACUUAAAGGGCAGCUCCCCGUCUGUCGAACCCUUGGUCUCCUGGCUGAUAAAUAUGGACCCAUUUUUCAACUUCAACUUGGAGCCCGUCCAGCUCUUGUUGUUAGCAGUUGGGAAAUGGUUAAAGAUUGCUUCACAAAUGGCAAUGACAAAAUAUUUGCUAGUCGACCUAGCAUGGUAUUAAGCAAGUACUUCUACAGCGGCAAAGUUUUUGCUUUGGCACCUUACGGACCAUACUGGCGCGACAUUCGUAAAAUGGUAACUCUUGAACUCUUAACCAACACUCGCCUUGAGAUGUUGAAACAUGUCCGUACAUCAGAAGUGAAUUGUUGUAUUAAAGAAUUGUACUACUCGAAUUGGAGUAAUAUUAGUAACGAUUUUCCUGCACAAGUGAAUUUAAGUAGCUGGUUUGAGCACAUAACGUGCAAUAUAAUCAUCAGAAUGCUUGCUGGGAAAAGAUUUUCAAGCAGCGUAAAUGAAAAGAGUGGAACAGAGGAAAUGCAAUUCAAAGAAUCGAUAAAGAAAGCUUUGUUACUAGGUGGAACUUUCGUUGUUUCCGACGCAAUUCCUUCACUUGAAUGGAUGGAUAUUGGUGGACACAUUAAAGCCAUGAAACAGACCUUUAAAGAAGUUGAUAGUGUAUUUGAUAGCUGGUUAAAAGAACACAUCCAGAAAAGAAAAGAUUGUGAUACUAAUUCUCCGAAUGGAGACCAAUCUGAUUUUAUUGAUGUGAUGCUUUCGACUCUUCCAGAGGAAACUAUGGAGUCUGGAUACGAUCGUGAUGCCAUUAUCAAGGCAACAACGUUGAUACUUAUCAUGACGGCAUCAGAGAGCACCGCGGAGACAUUAAUAUGGGCCUUAUCUCUGCUAAUGAAUGACACUCGCUCAUUAAAAAUAGCCCAGGACGAACUAGAUGAGCAAGUAGGAAGAAACAGAUGGGUUGAAGAAUCAGACAUCAAGAACCUCCCAUAUUUACAAGCCAUAAUAAAAGAAACCUUACGUCUUUACCCACCUGGUCCUUUAUCAGGGCCUCGAGAGGCUAACGAAGAUUGUUAUGUUGAUAAGUAUCGCAUUCAAAAGGGCACUCGUUUGAUUGUCAACUUAUGGAAGCUUCAACGAGACCCGAGAAUCUGGGAGGAUCCCAUGAGUUUAAACCUAGAGAUGGUUCAUGAAGGAACACGUGAAUAUUAAUUUUAGAGGACAAAA